AGCCUUCAAAGAAUCCUCCAGCCCUGCCUAGACCUCUGGUGUAAGCAACUCAAGUUAAUGGACGACAUGCAUCCAGGCCAGUCGCAUAACAGAGAAGACGCCCUAGGCUACGGCCCACAUGAGACUGGAUAUGGAGCUGGGGUCAAAGGAGAAGUCUUCGAGGUUGCCAGAUGCGAGGAUUUGUCCAGGCCUGGUGAGAUCGAGCUUAUGACGGCCGAGCAGUUGAGAGAGCAAAGUAACGCCCAAGAGCAGGUUCUACGGGCACAGCCCUACUCGCGUGCAAUGCACCUCUCUACUGGUCUACUCUACGCAGCUCUGGGACUGAUAAACUUACUCACCGAAAUUGUCAAAAUGUGCUAUGCCGAGGGAGGACAGAGUGGUAAAGGCAAUGGCAUCUAUUCCGGAAUCUUCAUAUUGACUGGCUCAGUAGCCGUCGUCAUUCUGGCCGUGCAGCCGAAACGUUUUCUCAUCUAUAUCCUCAUUCUGGUCUUGUGCACAGAUACUGUUUGCUGUUUUAUAGUCGGCGGGAUCGUCUCCUUGGCACUGGUUGCUAGAGACGUCGAGCGUGAAGCCAGUUUCGUAUUGAUCACAUUCAUCUCAGCCGUCACAAUUAUGCUUUCGGCCGUUCACCUCUGUAUUACGGCCCUGCAAUUGCAUCGAGCGACGGGACAAUAA